GAACCCCUCAUUUUCUUGCUAAAAACCCAUCAGGAGAGUAGUGUCUCAUGCAGACAGUAAAUGUGGAACCCACGCUUCCUGAAAGUUCCCAUGUACUAUGGUCCAAAACUCUCGAGACAUCUGGAAACCCUAAGACAGAUGACCUGCCUGACAAGACCAAAGACAGCGAAGUCACACGGCAAAACCAUCCAUUCCUUUGGAAAUUCCGUAUUGGGAAGGAGGAUAGUUACUCCUUUGGAACACGUCAGCAGAGGAAACUCUUCCCUCACUACCACCCCCCAACCUGGUUGGGGAACAAGUUUCUCCCUCUUAGGGGAUCGCCCCUCACAGGCCCUGGGUGUUACUCAGAAACGGACUGGAAUGGUUUGGCACACAACCUGUCUCGGAUCCCAGCCAGUACGAAAGGUUAUGUUCUUGGAGCCAGGACAGCAGCGCGGUUUAAGCCAGUCAGCAAGGAUGUGACACCAUAUCCAGGAAUGUACCAAAAAGUUUCUACUUACAAUGAGAAAUACAAACAAAGCUUUGCUCCAUUUAAUGUCAUGAUGCCUCGAUUUACGACUGAAAUUAAGGGAGCUUCUUAUCCUGGCCCUGGCACAUACAAUCCAGAGAAGAAGUUACCCCCAAAGAUUGUUUGGCCAAUGAAAUUUGGAUCUCCAGACUGGUGUCAGGUUCCAUGUCUAGAAAAAAGAACUCUAAAAGCUGAGCUGUCCACAGACAAAGACUUCAGAAAACAUCGGAACCGUGUGGCCUACUUUAGCCUGUUUUACAAUUGAGAAGUAGACACUGUCUUCACGAGUUCUCCUGAUUGCAGAAUCUCCAGAAAUGAGGAUUGGACUGCCCUUGUACUUCUGCGUUUCUUGGGCCCUCUUGUCUGCCAACUCGGCAUCCAGGGAGGAGCGAGGGUCUCACAGUCACCCUACAAAAACAUAAAGACUGGUCCAGAAUGUUCCUA